UUGAACGCGCAAUCAAUCAGGUUCUCCGCCACUGUUCACUACGAACUUUGCCCUUCUUCCAAGAAAUACCGUGAAACAGAGAUAUAUAAAAAUAAAGAGACGAAAAUAAAUUCAAAACCCCAAAAUUGAUUCGCCCUUUUUUUCUUUGUUCCCUAAAACUUCUGAAAUCUCUCUCCGAUCUUUCACUUCUAGUACUCAUCCCCAUAAACCCUUCUCCCCAAUCUAUUUGAUCGAAACCCUAAGUUUGUUGGAAUCGACCUACAAUGGCUGCGGCGACGAUGGUCAGUUCAGCGGGUGGGCUGCUUGCUAUGCUGAAUGAAAGCCAUCCGGCACUGAAGCUACAUGCGCUCUCGAAUCUCAACGCUUUUGUUCACUGCUUCUGGCCGGAGAUCUCGGAUUCUGUGACUGUCAUAGAAAGCUUGUAUGAAGAUGAGGAGUUUGACCAGAGGCAGCUUGCUGCUUUGCUUGUUUCAAAGGUUUUCUACUACCUGGGAGAACUAAGCGACUCAUUGUCAUAUGCCUUGGGGGCUGGUUCACUUUUUGAUGUAUCUGAAGAUUCAGACUAUGUUCAUACUCUUCUGGCCAAAGCAAUUGAUGAAUAUGCCAGUCUAAGGAACAAAAUGGCUGAGGCGAAUGAUGAUUCAGCUGUGAUUGACCCUAGACUCGAAGCAAUUGUAGAGAGAAUGCUUGAUAAAUGCGUAGUAGAUGGAAAAUAUCAACAAGCCAUAGGAAUGGCCAUUGAGUGCAGACGACUUGAUAAGCUUGAGGAAGCUGUUAUGAGAAGUGAUAAUGUUCAUUCUACGAUAAAUUAUUGCAUUGAUAUCUGUCACUCGUUCGUCAACCGAAGAGAAUAUCGACGUGAGGUUCUCCGUCUUCUUGUCAAAGUGUAUGAGCAGCUGCCAUCUCCUGAUUAUCUGAGUAUUUGUCAGCGCCUGAUGUUUUUAGAUGAACACGAAGGUGUCACUAGCAUAUUGGAGAAACUUUUGCAAUCAGAAAAUGUGGAUGAUGCACUGUUAGCAUUUCAAAUAGCCUUUGAUCUUGUGGAGAACGAGCACCAGGCCUUCCUUUUGAAGGUGAGAGAUCAGCUUCCCAGUCCCAAGCCUCAGCCUUCAGUGCCCGUGCAAUCGUCAGAGACUGCUCAUCCAGAUUCUACCGCCAGUGUAGAUGCCGUCGCAUCAGAGGAUGUUCAAAUGAUUGACGGAGCUCAGGCAGACAGCAACUUAAAACUUACUGAUACACGACAAGCAGUAUAUGCUGAGAGACUAACAAAGAUAAGGGGAAUUCUGUCUGGAGAGACUUCAAUACAGUUGACAUUGCAAUUCUUGUAUAGUCAUAACAAAUCAGAUCUUCUCAUUCUUAAAACAAUAAAGCAAUCUGUUGAGAUGAGAAAUAGUGUAUGCCACAGUGCAACUAUAUAUGCCAAUGCUAUUAUGCAUGCUGGUACAACUGUCGAUACAUUUCUCAGGGAGAAUCUGGAUUGGCUGAGUAGAGCUACAAAUUGGGCUAAAUUUAGUGCAACAGCAGGACUUGGCGUCAUACAUGGAGGCCAUCUACAGCAAGGACGAUCUCUAAUGGCACCUUACUUGCCCCAGGGAGGGGCUGGUGGUGGUGGCAGUCCAUACUCUGAAGGUGGAGCUCUGUAUGCUCUUGGUUUGAUUCAUGCAAACCAUGGUGAGGGCAUCAAACAAUUUUUGCGCGAGAGCCUUCGAAGCACAAAUGUCGAGGUUAUCCAGCAUGGUGCAUGCCUAGGUCUUGGUCUGGCAGCAUUGGGAACUUCUGACAGCGACAUCUUUGACGACAUAAAAAAUGUGCUGUACACCGACAGUGCUGUUGCUGGAGAGGCUGCUGGAAUUAGCAUGGGUUUGCUUAUGGUUGGCACUGCUAGUGAGAAGGCUGGGGAAAUGCUCGCUUAUGCGCAUGAAACCCAGCAUGAGAAGAUUAUAAGGGGUUUGGCCUUGGGGAUAGCACUUACAGUCUAUGGCAGAGAGGAAGAAGCGGAUACAUUGAUUGAGCAGAUGACUCGCGAUCAGGACCCCAUAAUACGUUAUGGCGGCAUGUACGCUUUGGCCUUGGCAUACAGAGGAACAUCGAACAAUAAGGCCAUACGUCAACUUCUGCACUUUGCUGUGUCAGAUGUCAGCGAUGAUGUCAGGCGGACUGCUGUACUUGCCCUUGGAUUUGUAUUAUAUUCUGAUCCCGAACAGACCCCUAGAAUUGUUUCUCUGUUGUCAGAGUCCUACAAUCCGCAUGUUCGGUACGGUGCUGCACUCGCUGUCGGGAUUUCUUGUGCUGGCACUGGUCUCAGUGAGGCCAUAUCAUUGCUGGAGCCCCUGACAUCAGAUGUCGUUGAUUUUGUUCGUCAAGGUGCUCUAAUUGCAAUGGCAAUGGUGAUGAUUCAGAUCAGUGAAGCCAGUGAUUCUCGUGUCGGUACUUUCAGGCGGCAACUUGAAAAAAUUAUUCUUGACAAGCAUGAAGACACGAUGAGCAAGAUGGGUGCAAUUUUAGCUUCGGGGAUUCUUGACGCUGGGGGACGGAAUGUUACCAUCAAGUUACUUUCAAAGACGAAACAUGAUAAGAUCACGGCAGUUGUUGGUCUUGCUGUGUUCAGUCAGUUUUGGUAUUGGUACCCACUUAUAUAUUUCAUUAGCCUGGCAUUUUCACCAACUGCGUUCAUAGGUCUGAACUAUGACCUGAAAGUGCCAAAGUUUGACUUCCUAUCACACGCAAAGCCUUCAUUGUUUGAAUACCCCAAGCCUACUGUUGUGCCUACUGCUACUUCAGCUGUUAAACUGCCAACAGCUGUUUUAUCGACUUCGGCAAGGGCCAAAGCCAGGGUUAGCAAGAAAGAGGCUGAAAAGGCACAGGACAAGGCCGAGACUAGUUCUGGCAAGGGUAAAACUGUCGACAAGGACAUUGACUCCAUGCAGGUUGAUACCGCCACCUCGGAGAAGAAAUCCGAACCUGAGCAGACAUUUGAAAUUCUGACCAACCCCGCCAGAGUUGUCCCUACCCAAGAGAAAGUCAUCAAGUUCCUCGAGGAGAGCAGAUACAUCCCAAUCAAGUCAGCUCCCUCGGGAUUUGUGCUGUUGAAAGAUUUGCGUCCUAACGAGCCCGAGGAAUUAAUCCUCACUGAUGCUCCCUCAUCCACAGCUGCAUCGAACGCCGGGCAGCAGGGAUCCUCCGCGGCCAUGACCGUUGAUGAAGAACCCGCACCCCCACAGCCGUUUGAGUACUCAUCAUAAUGUGUCUCUUGUUUCAUAUUGUCUGGAGGAUAAGAAUGUCAAGAAGGGUUUUCGCCAUCUGAUGAGGAAUCCUUUCGCGAAAAUCUUGAAGUGUGUGUACGACAUUUUCUUCCAUGGUUUAUGUACUAUGCAAGGGUGGGGCUGUAAAACUUUUGUACUGGAUAAAAAGUGAGGUGGGGGCUUUGCAUUUUCAUUGUUCCAGUUCGGCGUGCGUCUGCAUUUCAUCAUAGGGUUUCGAUUUGCAUUAGUUGGGACCUGGAUUGUUCAACUAUUUAUUUCUUCCUAGGGUUUCGAUUUGCAUGGUUGGAACCUGGAUUGUUGAAUUAUGUUUUGGUUUUGAGUCGGGAUGUAUUUUAUUUAUGUUAUCUGAAAUGCUCGAUGUACUUUCAGUGGCUUUAUUGUGACCGAAUUUGGAAUGGGAAAUUCUCUGCAAGACUAUUUUAGUUAUCUGAGACUGUUUCCUUUAGUUUUUUGUUUUUCCAGAUUACCAUUCAGGAUUAAAGUUCUUAUAUUAUCUGUGAAGAAAGAGAUUGUAUUGGAGUGUAUUUAAAUCUGGAAACACGAAAAUUUACUGUGAUUUUGGAUUACUGGUGACAUAUUGGUCAAAAUGUUGUGCUUCAGGAACGAAAAUGUCUGGGAC